GUAACUUGUUUAACCUUUUUUUUAACCACAACAUGACUAGAUAAUGCCUGGUAUCCUGAAUGGGCCAAUCAGCAUGUUUUCUAUAGAACAGAUAGAACUUAUCCGUAGACUUCGUAAUAGUGGAAUAACUAAACAUCAAGUUAUAGAAGCGUUUGAUUCUUUAGACAGAAUUGAUGGGGAACUAGGCUCUUUAUUUGAUGUACCAGUGAACAAAGGAGCCAAACAAAAUCCACAUACUAGAACUCAUCAACAUGAUCUACAUGUUUUGUCACCGUCAGUUAGUCAAUCUAUGACUUGGCCAAACACACAUGAAUCAGCUGAUCAUCACAUGAUAAAUUCAUCAUCACAUGAUACAAAUAAACAGUUAUCCAGAACUACAUUCCAGCAAGCUAAUAAUAAGUUAACAAAUCUGUCUUGUUCCACUAUAGAUCUUUCCAUGGAUGAUAAUGACCACUUUAAUAAGGAUACAAGAAACUAUAAAGCUUCACAGUAUACUGUUAUGUGUAACAAUUCCAGAAUUGAGAACAAUACAGCUGAAAGGAUAGAAAGAUGCCAAAAUUCUAAAUUUGCCAAUGUGAGUUCGACUGUAAAUAAAACUAUAUCAGGGGAAUUAAACCCUCAAUUUAUCCAGUCAGCAACAAUUAAUGCACCAAACAAUUACAGCACAGUGUCUGUUCCAAACAAAAAGCAAAAAACAAUAGAAAAAGUAGAUUUGAUAGAAAUGGAUUCAAAACAUCAUGUUGUUGAGUUAAUAGAGAAUGCAGUAAAAGAAAAGAUUGGUACCUGUACACCUACACUUGGCCAAACAGUGAUAAUGCCAGACGGUCAGGAACUUACAAUUUCAUACCAAAGACGAGAAAGAUUCACCUUCAGGGAAAGACAUUUAGAAAUUCUGGAAGCUUUCUUUAAAGAUAAUCCAUAUCCAACAUAUGAACAGAGAGAAGCCAUAGCUGAUACCUGUAAUCUGGCGAUUAGUAAUAUUGGAGCUAGGCCAUUAUAUGAAAAGGAAAAGGUGACAGCUCACAUGAUUUUAAAUUGGUUUGCAAACAGCAGAAAAGAAGUGAAAAAGCUGGCAAAAGAAGGUGGUAUUGUAGCCUCAGCUUCUAUUUUGCCAUCACGAUUAAGUAAACGCAAAGCCAUAAGUAUAGUAGCACAAGGAUCAAAUGAGGACAGUGUGAUUUCUGACCAAUCUAAUGACUCUUUCCAAGCUUCCAGUGACAUCAAAGGGCCAAAAGAAGAAUUUAUCAUUAUAAAGUGUGAAGAGGGCAAUGGAAGUUAAUGACACAGAAUCAAUGUUGCUUAAGAAGGAAAUGUAGGUCGCAGUGUCCUUAGUAUGGAAGAAUUCUGGAUCUAAUCAAUACACUAGUGAGGAAUUGAAUAAUACUUUCAAUUUCCAUGUGAACAAACAAUCAAACAUUUCUGAUAUUGUAUUCAAUAUAAAGAACUGGAGUUAUUUCCCUUUUGCUAUAAAAUUUGCAGAUAGAACAGAUAUAUUCAUGCACCAUGUACUUAUUUCUGCAGCUUUUUAAAUCUAAAUUAUAUGUUUUUCUUGAAUAUUUAUGGUAGCAGACACACAUAUUCAUAGGCAUUAUAACUUGAACACAAGACACAACUAAGUAAAUGCCAAAGUAAACAAU